GAAAUUGUCAGCAGUGUUUUUGUUGCUGCUGGGGACUGUUGUGUUGUGAAAAUGGCGACGCCUCGUCGCUCCUCCCAGCAGCAGCAGCAGCAGCAGCAGCUGAGCACCCUGCUGUCCUCACCUCCUCGCAGCACAUCUAUACCCGUCAGCCCGCCGGAAUCGCCGUCUGCACCCGCCGAAGAUGCUUCCCGGUUUUCCCGUGGAGCAGAAAUGGAAAACGUGGCUGAUGGUGAGGUAGCGCCGACCUCUCCCAACACCACUUCCCCGGCUCUGGCCCUCACACCCAGCAGCAGCAACAGCAACAGCAGCAGCAGCAGCAGCAGCAGCACUACUAGCUCCCCGACCACCACCGAGGGAAGCGAGACUAGCCCUGGCUCUACGCCGGACUCUGGCGGUGCUAACCCCCGCAGCAGCAGCACUAUUAGCGGCGAUGCAAACGGCGCUUUUAGGGAGUUAUUUGAAGCCUGUCGAAACGGGGACGUUUCCAGAGUCAAGAAACUCGUAGAUGUGGUGAAUGUGAACGCCAAAGACAUGGCCGGACGGAAAUCUACACCCCUGCAUUUCGCUGCAGGUUUUGGACGGAAAGAUGUGGUGGAUCACCUGCUGCAGACAGGCGCCAACGUGCACGCCCGAGACGACGGGGGCCUCAUCCCACUCCACAAUGCUUGCUCUUUUGGUCAUUCUGAGGUGGUGUCCUUGCUUCUGUGUCAAGGCGCCGACCCAAAUGCUCGAGACAACUGGAACUACACGCCGCUACACGAAGCAGCUAUCAAGGGCAAGAUUGAUGUCUGCAUAGUGCUACUGCAGCAUGGAGCAGACCCCAACAUCCGCAACACCGACGGCAAGUCUGCCCUGGACCUGGCCGAACCCUCCGCCAAGGCAGUGCUCACAGGUGAAUACAAGAAGGAUGAGCUGCUGGAGGCGGCAAGGAGUGGAAACGAGGAGAAGCUAAUGGCCCUGCUUACGCCGCUCAACGUCAACUGCCACGCGAGCGACGGCCGCAAGUCCACUCCUCUCCACCUGGCAGCAGGAUACAACAGGGUGAGGAUAGUUCAGUUGUUACUGCAGCAUGGAGCCGACGUCCACGCCAAGGACAAGGGUGGACUGGUGCCUCUACACAACGCCUGCUCUUAUGGACACUAUGAAGUUACUGAGCUACUGCUAAAGCACGGAGCUUGCGUGAACGCCAUGGAUCUGUGGCAGUUCACGCCUCUACACGAAGCGGCUUCCAAAAACCGGGUGGAGGUCUGCUCUCUCCUGCUGAGCCACGGCGCUGACCCCACCCUGCUGAACUGCCACAGCAAAAGCUCUGUGGACAUGGCGCCCACUCCCGAGCUGAAGGAGAGACUCACAUACGAGUUUAAGGGCCACUCGCUGCUUCAAGCAGCUCGAGAAGCAGACAUGACCAAGGCCAAGAAGACCCUCGCUCUGGAGAUCAUCAACUUCAAACACCCUCACACACAUGAAACUGCGCUGCAUUGCGCAGUGGCGUCUCCACACCCCAAACGGAAACAGGUCACAGAGCUGCUGCUGAGGAAAGGUGCCAACGUUAAUGAGAAGAACAAGGAUUUCAUGACGCCUCUUCAUGUAGCAGCGGAGCGGGCUCAUAACGACAUCAUGGAGGUACUUCAGAAACAUGGAGCAAAGGUAAAUGCCCUGGACACGCUGGGCCAGACGGCGUUGCACCGCGCGGCGCUGGCAGGCCACCUGCAGACCUGCAGGCUGUUGUUAGGAUACGGGGCGGACGCCACGCUGGUGUCCCUGCAGGGCUUCACCGCCGCUCAGAUGGGAAACGAAGCCGUGCAGCAAAUUCUCAAUGAGAACGUCCCGGUCAGAAACUCUGAUGUGGACUACAGACUUCUGGAAGCUGCCAAAGCUGGAGACCUGGAUACCGUCAAGUCGCUGUGCACAGCUCAGAAUGUGAAUUGUAGAGAUCUAGAGGGACGGCACUCCACUCCUCUUCACUUCGCUGCCGGCUACAACAGAGUGUCAGUGGUGGAGUACCUGCUGCACCACGGGGCCGACGUGCACGCUAAGGAUAAAGGUGGCCUGGUUCCUCUACACAACGCCUGUUCCUACGGUCACUACGAGGUGGCCGAGCUGCUCGUCCGGCACGGCGCCUCAGUCAACGUGGCCGACUUGUGGAAGUUCUCGCCGCUUCACGAAGCUGCAGCAAAGGGCAAAUACGAGAUCUGCAAGCUGUUGUUAAAGCAUGGCGCAGAUCCCACCAAAAAGAACCGAGACGGGAACACGCCCCUGGACCUGGUGAAGGACGGCGACACAGACAUCCAGGACCUGCUGCGGGGAGACGCCGCGCUGCUGGACGCCGCCAAGAAAGGCUGCCUGGCUCGGGUGCAGAAGCUGUGCAGCCCGGACAACAUCAACUGUCGGGACACGCAGGGACGCAACUCGACGCCGCUGCACCUGGCAGCCGGCUACAACAACCUGGAGGUGGCCGAGUAUCUGCUGGAGCACGGCGCCGACGUGAACGCUCAGGACAAAGGAGGGUUGAUUCCUCUACACAACGCUGCUUCGUACGGGCACGUGGACAUCGCCGCCCUGCUCAUCAAGUACAACACGUGUGUGAACGCCACCGACAAGUGGGCUUUCACGCCCCUUCACGAAGCGGCGCAGAAAGGCCGCACCCAGCUUUGCGCCCUGCUGCUGGCCCACGGAGCCGACCCCACCAUGAAGAACCAGGAGGGACAGACGCCGCUGGACCUCGCCACGGCGGAUGACAUUAGAGCGCUGCUGAUUGACGCCAUGCCACCAGACGCCCUGCCGAGCUGUUUGAAACCGCAGGCCACUGUGGUGACCGCGGGAGUGGUGAGUUCAGGCGCAGCCGGCGGCGUGGUCAUCUCGCCAUCUCCGUCUCCGUCCUGCCUGUCGGCGGCGAGCAGCAUCGACAACCUGACCGCGCCCCUCGGCGACAUCGCCACAGCCGGGGCGACGGGCGUCGCCGAUGGAGCUUCGGGGUCCGACAGGAAGGAGGGUGAAUCUCUGCUCGACAUGACCAUCAACCAGUUCUUGAAGAGUCUGGGACUGGAACACCUCCGGGACAUCUUCCAGAGAGAGCAGAUUUCGCUGGAUGUUCUGGCAGACAUGGGCCACGAGGAGCUGAAGGAGAUCGGCAUAAACGCUUACGGCCACAGACACAAACUCAUUAAGGGCAUCGAGCGGCUGCUGGGCGGCCAGCAGGGUGGAAACCCGUACCUGACGUUCCACUGCUCCAGCCAGGGCACGGUGCUGAUCGACCUGGCGCCGGACGACAAGGAGUUCCAAUCUGUGGAAGAGGAACUGCAGAGCACGAUCAGAGAGCACCGCGACGGAGGCAACGCAGGCGGAGUCUUCAGCCAGUACAACAUCAUUAAGAUUCAGAAGGUUGUGAACAAGAAGCUGCGUGAGAGAUACGCACACCGGCAGAAGGAAAUCGCUGAUGAGAAUCACAACCAUCACAAUGAGCGAAUGCUGUUCCAUGGUUCCCCCUUCAUCAACGCGAUCAUCCACAAGGGUUUUGACGAGCGACACGCCUACAUCGGCGGCAUGUUUGGGGCCGGGAUCUACUUCGCAGAGAACUCCUCUAAAAGCAACCAGUACGUCUACGGGAUCGGUGGAGGGACGGGGUGUCCCACUCACAAAGACCGCUCCUGCUACGUGUGUCACAGACAGAUGCUGUUCUGCCGGGUGACUCUGGGUAAGUCGUUUCUCCAGUUCAGCGCCAUGAAGAUGGCGCACGCCCCCCCGGGUCACCACUCGGUCAUAGGGCGACCCAGCGUCAACGGGCUGGCGUACGCAGAGUACGUCAUCUACAGAGGGGAGCAGGCUUACCCAGAGUACUUGAUCACCUAUCAGAUUAUGAAGCCAGAGAGUCUGGCUGCACCCGCUGCCACCGCAGAGCAGAAGUCCUAAAGGACCGACACAGCUGGAACUGAAGAUGACCAGAACAAUUUCCUUAAACGGACCAUAAGCGAAGGAGGGGAAAAAAGCAGUCCACACCUCUGACGUGAAGUUUCUGGAGCCGAGUCCGAGAGGGUUGAUGUGAAAUAAUCCCUCGAAAGAUUCUGAAAUAUGCUAAAAGAGCAGGCUGAGUCGGGCUUAACCUGUAAGUUCAGUCCAAAGUCAGCAGACGGCAGAAAUCCAUUCUUAUUUAGUGUGAUGAUAUGGAGGAGACGCAGGUUGUUCAGCCGUUUUGCGGCUCAGUCACAGAAACCACAGACUGUUUGCUGUUUUGGUGCCUGUGUGCCGCUCGUCCGUUCUGUCCUCACAUCUUAAUGCUUUGUUUUGACAGCCGGUCCCUCUUUUGCUGCUUUGAAUCAUUCACAAUGAGAAAUUUAGCAACAGUCACGCCGAGAGAAAAGAAAUUCAGAGCGUUUAAUCUAACAUUUCCACCCUGUGGGGCUGAACAAGACAAGAAGAAGACCGCGUGAAAUGAGUCUAAACAGAAAUAACAAGAGCUCUGUAGACAAAUUACACCCCGGAGGCGAAAAAACCAAAGGCUAACGGGACGCAGUCGGACCACAAUCCAACGCUGCAGACGUUCCACUGCACUCUGUUAAAGGGACCAGCUUCGCUUUGCAGCCAGUGUUGGGAUGAAUCGGCUCCUGUACAGAGCAGCCGGAAAACAUUCAACCCAAAAAUAUGGACGCUAAUAAUAAAAAUAAUAACGAUACACACAGUACUUUUGCAAAAGUAUCCAGAGCCAUUGAGCUUUUUCGCAACUUCACUUUAUAACCACAACCCUCAAUGCAUUUAUUUGGGAUUUUAUUUUAUAGACCAACAGGAAGUAGUACGUUAUUUUAAAGUGGAAGGAAACGUUACUCGGUCUGUCUGUUCUCUGAUGUUCCCCAAUAAACAUUCAAGGCCUUCGUGCACAGCUCUGUCCACAUGAAGAGAGUUGCUUUCAUAUGAUUUUAUUUUGAAGCAUCAGGGUAAAGAGGGCUAAAUGCAAAUGAAUGCCACACUUUUCAGAUUUCUAUUUGUGGAAAACCUUUAAAACUUAGAAAUUUUCAAGAACAGAAAAUGUCGAUUAUUUUUCCGUCUACCGAACUGUUGUCCGCUAUUACAUAGUUGGAGUGUCACAGAAAUCUCUUUUGAAAUUCAUUGGACAGAAAGUUCGACUGGUUUGAAGACUUUUGCAGCGUACUGUGUGUUCUUAUUGUGUUUCUGCUCAAUUUCUGGUCUUAAUUUGAGAUAAUAUGAUAUUUUUGAGGUGUUGAGUGUUAACUCUCUCCUCUCUGUUCUUUGAAUCACCUAAAAUAGCUCUGACUUUAUUGAUAAGAAUGUUUAGAAUCGUAAAAAAAAAACACUUACUGCUGCCUUUCCAGACCAUAUCUAAUAUUUGCACACAAGCACCUACACACAGUUUAUUUGGCACAAAUUAAAGACAUUAUUGUGAAGGAUUGAUUUUAAAAAAAAAAACAACAACAUAAAAAACUUCACUUUUUAAGCUUUCAGUGCAGUCACUUUAACAUUCGCAGUUCAUUUCAGUGUAAACCACUCCAACGUCCUAAACGUGCAUCUUCCACCAGUAAGUGUUUACACUGCAGUAGUGGGGUAGACCAGCUCCAAGUUUGAUCACUACAAAUGCUCAAAUUUCCUGUAAAAUGCCAGAAACACCCAAAACCCAGAGGUGACAUUUCAAUUAAGUGUAAUCCUUUCCUGAAUGGAUUUUAACUUUUUAAAAGAAAAAAGUUUAAGAUCGAGACGAAGAAACUGAAUGUACCGGAUUUAAAGAUGGAAGAUAAAAGGUGCCUCUCCUCAGUUACUCAUUUAAAUUCACAUGUAAAGCUAGUUUUGUAUUAUUAUUAUUACUAUUAUUAUUAUUAUUAUUAUUCUGUAUCACGUAUUGUCUCCGAGAUGUUUAAAGGUGUGUUUGUUUACAUGAACCUGCUGCCUUCUCGUCCCUUUCCUCUCUGGCUGUUAUCUGUUGCCGCCCCCCGGUGGCCGAACAGUGUAACCGCCUGCUUGUGCUAACGAGCGAAAGGGUACGCUUUUAUUUUCGGUUGUACAAUUCAGGAGGGCAUUACUGUAAAGCUGUCGGGUGGUGGGUUAGUUGUAAAUAGUGACGUUUUCUCGCUGUAUUUCACUGAGCCAUUCAGAUCACAGACUGAACGCAUCGCCGGUGUUUGUUUAUGCCACAAGUUCUCAAUAACGUGAAGCAGAGGCCGACGCAGAGAGAGUUUUCCAGCGUUUUAUUCCAGGUGUAGACAAUACAUACUGCUUCAUUUUAUUUUCUGACCAUAUUCUCCUGUUGAUCGUUGGCUGUUUUCUAAUAAUGACACUUUACAUUAGAUGGGACCACAUUAAGGUAAUUAUAGAGUUAAACCAGACUGACUGUUUAUUCCUUAUAUUUAUUCCUGCACAGUUUAGAAAAAGAAAAUAAAAUCAUACUUUUACUUCAGUAUUUUCCAGCUGUGGAAAAAACACAGAUUUUAUUUUCUAUACCUUUGGCCCUCCCUUACCUCCCCCCUGUGUUUGUUCUUCCUUUAUCUUCUUUCAGUUUAUAUUUUUCCAGGUUUCAUAUGAAAAGCCUGGCACAAUUUUUUUUUAAAUAAAAAAAGUCUGGAAUUCCAA